AUGGGCCGCGACGUUCAAAUCGUCCGUGACCCGCCUGGGGUCAUCAUGCAGUGGCAGGGGGGUGUUGACCCGGGAGGGCAGUUAUAUAAGGUGAUCUUAACAGCCAGUGUUUCGGAGGUGAUCGCAAAUGGUCAAGUCAUUCCGACUGCGAGUGCUACGUGUCAAUAUACAGUGAAGCUCGUUGACAAAACUCCGCCCACUAUUGAAUGUCCAGCUGAUGUUGUACUGAGCACGUAUGACAAUCUUGUUGAUGACGUCAGAUGGGCACCACCAAAGGUCGGGUCCACCCGCGUUGACUACAUUGUGGCCGACACAUCAGAAUCCAAGUCUUCGUGCUCCUUCGAAGUUAAAGUCAAUAAGAUGUCUGCCUGCUUCAUCAGAGUCAUCAUUAAUGGCCACUACAACUGCAGAUAUCUGAACGCAAACUCGUCCGAUCUUAACACCAACCUAUCCCUCGCAAUCCCCACUCCCACGGAUACAAAUCCGGUUCUGAAAUGUUCGACUGUCUGCAACGAGGGAUACUCAGUGAAUGGGACGUCUGAAUACUACUGUUAUGAUGGAGCGUGGAUUCCCGAGAUGGAUACCAGCGUGGAGAGAUAUCAAUGUUUAAGAGUUACUCCAAAGACCCUCGUGGGAACUCAGGAUGUCUACCUGACAGACAAAUGCAGAGAAGCCAUUGAUCAGGACUUCACCCUCAACUGGAAUGGCGGUCUCUACAAGAACACCUUCUACUCAGUCGGAUUGAAGAAGAGGUUGAAGAUCCAAGGCUGCAGUAAGAACGUGAAAACCUUCCAGAAGAGGAGUGAGAGAAGAGUGAAGAGGAAGACAAGAGAGACGUGGAAAAGAAAGAAGAGGCAGACGAGUGGGCACGAUUAUGAUGUCCGUCUGAUGUACCAACUGCUUGAAUCUGUAAAACCGGAAAAUAGAAAUGCCUCUCAAGUGAGCAUGAACCAAGCGAUGACGAACGUCAUUCUGGACCUCCACAGGGGCUUCACAAACAUUCUGGUCAGCAACGCUAAAGACGGAGUGCAGAACGUUUUCGACCUCACAUACGGAAAUGGAUUGAGUUUCUCUUACGGAUGUGAACCCGGAGAAGUUGAGAGGAAUGAUAACUGUGUUCACUGCCCGCCCGGAUCAAUGCAGGCUGUCGACAGAUGCAUUGAUUGCCCCGAGGGGACGUUCAACCCGGAAGAUUCUAGCGACUCGUGUCAACCCUGCCCUCCUAACCACAACUCGCCAGCGGGCUCAUAUGUCUGGUCCCAAUGCUAUCCAGUGCAAGUGUCAGCCGAAUCAUGUCCAAGACCCUGCAAACUGGGGCUCGGGUUAGGGCUGGGUCUUGGUGGGGGUCUCCUCUUACUUCUAGCGCUCAUCAUAAUUCUUCUCUUAUAUUGCCGGAAAAGGGCCCUUUGUUGUUGGAAAGGUCAAGGUCGCAAGGGGCAAGAGUUUGUCAAUGGGACCCAUUUUAAUUCUAAUUACAAUGGGGUGAGCAGGGGAGAUGAUGAUGAUGAUGGAGUAGCUGACAACGCAGGCAACGACCUUCCUGAGAACUCGGGCAACAGUUUGGAUUACACCCGAAGAACUAUCAACCGACUCGAAAUGGACUGCUGA